AGCCACAGAAGUUAAAAUGGUGUCAAACUGCUUUACUUCUGCAGCGUGGCAACAGCCUUAGAUAUUUGACAAAGCUAUGAUUGGUAUCAAUGCAUGCUAAUAUUUUUGCUUUAUUGUGCAGUACUUCAGCAAGCUGGAAGAAAUCCAUCUCAGAAGACAAUUGAUAAAUACUGGACUACCCAGACCACCACACUGAAUUUUGAUGAUUUUUGUUUCAUCUUAAAACAAGAAGAACCUGUUAAGAGCACAGAGCUACUUAAAGCAUUUGCAAAAAUAGAUGCAAAUAAUGAUGGUUGUCUUCUCCAUAGUGAACUUUCUAAAAUCCUAAUGACUAGUGGUGAAAAAAUGACUCCUGAUGAAGUGAGUGCAAUUCUUGAAUUGGCUGAAGCGAACGCUGAUGGCAAGUUUGACUAUUACAAGUUUUGUAAAUUGUAUAUGACAGUCAAUGAACAGUGUCUGAAGAAUGCACUAGAGAAACUGGAGGCUGACAGUAAACUGAAACGUCAGCAGUUUGGAAACCAGCUUGACAGCUCAUCAGAAAUGGCCAAAUCACCAGUUUCAAAACCAUUACCAAAAACUACAAGGAAAACAGAAGCUGGACCAUUGUUUAGAAAAGGUGUGCAAAGCCCUUCUGUUCCAAGUUACAAAACAUGUGUUUCUUCCACUAUCAACAUGGAUGCCAGCUACAACAAAAAUUCAAAACUGAUUGAAGCAAAUGCAACAAAGGAAUGGCAUUGUGCACAAUCCAAAGGAUGUUUCUUCUUACAGAACAAUGGAGACAUAAUUAGUCAUCAAUACAAGUUGUUCCUGCCACAGAAAUCUACAGUAUGUAUCACCAUCAAGCCUAUAAAGCUUAACCAAAUGGAAGAGAAAGUCUCCCCAUGGUUAGCAGUGGACACAGCUUUGUAUAUAUUCAAGGACAAUGAAACAGAAGACAAUUUACAGCUUCUGAGCUUCACAGAGCUACACAAUAAAGAGGUUUUUGGUUGGAGAGGGGAACUUGAUGCUGGUGUCUAUCGGUUAAUCCCUUUUACCAGUGGCUGUAGAUUCAAAAAAGUAAAAAAGGAAAUUAGAGGAGAAGCCAAACUCGUUUACAGAGAUAGUAGUGGAAAGUUGGUGCUUACUGAGGAGCUCAGAGCUGUCUUAUCAGAAAUAUUUGAAAUGAUUGAUUUGGAUGGAAAUGGCUUCCUCAGCCUGGAAGAAUACAAUUUCUUUGAAAUGACAACUAGUGGUGAGAAAUGUGAUGUAGACACUUGGGCCAUAUGCAAAGAGAAUUUUGAAAUGAAGGGCAAUGAACUCACAAAACAAGGAUUUAUGGAUCUGAAUCUCAUGGAAGCCAGUGAACAAGGCGGGAAACUUGGUGGCCUCUGGAAGACUUUGCUGUCAAUGGGGUAUAGUAGAGCAAUGGAGUUGACUGAGGCAUGCCCCUUUUCUAUUCACAUUUAUGCAGAUAAAUGCAAGCCCCAGAUUAGGCCAGUUUCUCUGGAAACAGGUGGAGAGCAACUUAAGAAUGCCAUCUGUGUGACUGUGGUUGAUAAAGGAGAUGCCAGGCCAAUGGAUCGUAUUGAAAAUAUAAUUAUCCACACGUACAAAUGUGAUACACGGAUUACAGUUGUUAUUGAAAACAAGUCUGAAAGCAAAGCAAUAAUUCACAUAAACAGUGAGCAAAGUAAGAACUGCAUAAAUAAUAGAGGACUUGAUAUUUUUGCUGUUGAAGUGGCUCCCAAAUCCAUGAUGGUCUGUCAGCAUGUGAUGGCACUGAAUGAUAAAGAAGAAUGGAUACACAGUUGUGUUUAUUCUGUCUUGUCUUAAGUGAUUGUGGUUAGGAAAUGACAUUCUCCUGCUUCUUGACAAAGAAGGCCUUUGCUCUGUGAUAUAUGGAUAGCUUGAUUUAUCUCAUCAUUUUUGAAACAGGACAUACUUCCUUAUUUUGGAUAUCCCUGUAAUUGUGAUGAUUUCAGUUACCUUUUCAUACUUUGACAUCACAAAAUACCUGCUUGCUUCUGGAAUACUAUGUAUAUAAACAAAUUUAAAUUUCUUAUGUUCCUAGAUAUUCAAACAGGGACCCUACCCUCAGGGCCUUUUUUAAGCUCGGGUAACUGAUGACUGAAAAGCAAGUCAUUAUUAAUUUUGCCUGUUUGCAGAAAUCUUAAUAUAAGACAGUGAAAUUACAGAAUUCUUUGCAUCAUCAUUAUAUACUAACUGAAACAGUUAACACUUUGACUGUGAUAAAAUAAUAAAUGAAACAAUGUGCAAUUGAUGAAAACAUAAAAUUAAGAUAUCAAGCAAAGGGAAAAUUAGAAAAAUGUGUUCUUGGAUGCAGAGGCUUUUGACACACCCUCUCUGCCAGCAUACUACUGUAAGAACAAAAGCUCUGGAAUUAAGUUAGCAUGUAGAGCAAAGGUGGUAAAAUGCAUAAAGAUGGGAGCAUACUCUAGCCCCCCUAUUCUAUCCCAUUGCUCUUCUUUUCAGAUUUAUAUUGAAUUUUCACUACUACUUUUUGUGCUGCCUUUUCCAGGUUAGAACGCUCUUCACGUGGUUUCCAGCUGCUUUUGGGGCAUGCGUUGUAUAAGCACCCCACCCCAAAAGUGGCCAGAAGCCAUUAUUCCCUGCCUGUCUAUUUUGGGACUUUUAUUUUAUUUUAUAUUCUCCUUUAUCAUUUACUACAUUUCUGAUUGAUAAUUCCUGAGAUAGCACUACACAAUUGAAGGUUCAGUUUUGCUUAAUUAUCGAAGGGGUGAGGGGUUAAACAUCACUGCCCCAGUCUUAAGGGAGGCUCAGACCUCCAUGCAAUGUAACCUAGCAAUGGUUAUUUGUAUCUUCAUAAUCUUGAACAUUUUACUGUUGCUGUGUGGUCCAUGUAUCAUUGAUUUAAAUACUGUGCAGAGACUGCAGAUGAUGUAUAAUUUAGAGGUCCACCCAUUUCCAUUCUUUAGAAUGACAGAUCACCAGGAACAAAUGAUAUCAGUGCUCCAUUUUCUAUCAUCUUCCUAAAGGUGCUGCCCUUUAACUACACAGUGCUGGCAUAAUUUCUGAAAAACAACUUCCUCUCUGUAUCACUUCACAAUAUCUAAGAUAUACCUGUUUGUUACAAACAUGUGCUGCGUACAUAGAACAAAGUUACAGAGCUGUACCCUAAACAGCUCAUAUACAAGAGCUGACUUAAUUUUACAAAACUGGAAGGCCAGAAGUCAUUUUUGGGAAACAACGUGAAAACAUUUCAUUUUGGCUGGCUUUGGGUAGUGAGUGGUCUCUUUUAUUGCAGUCAUCUGUAUUUUUAUAUAGAAGCACUAAAGUGAUGUUCUUUUUCUUAAAUCAGGGUAAAAAAUAGCAAAAUGGCUUUCAAGGGAAUUGUGUGGGGAUUGUAAAUCAGAAUCUGCUUGCUCACCUGAGCUAGAAUAAGCAAAUGUACAUGUACUUAUAUCCAUUUUUUCCUCCACACUGUAGAAUAUAUAUUAUAAAAGACUUGUACCACAACUAAACACUGAAUUACUGCACACAAAAUUUUAGUUAUCACUGUUGGGAUAUAGAGUCACAAUGAAAAUGUACAAUGUGGGUUUUAAUAGUAACCAGGCAUAAAAGGGUUACUGUGAGCCAUAAUGAUUAGGCAUUUAAACAGGAAGUGACAUAAAAAAAUAGUCAACAAGUGCUGUAAAGUACUGUAGGAUGCUGCAGUCUGAAAAGUCCCUCAAGAGGGAGGCUGGAUCCUUUGUGGCACCAAAGGGGGAGGCAAAGCCUAGUAGCCUCACGGAGCCCUUGCUAGAGUAGUGAGGAGCAUUUUACUCAGAGUGGGUUGUUACUAGUGUGGGUGGUGUCGAUGUAUAUAGUGUUGUACACAGUGGAACUUCUU